UGAUACUUCUCCGAGCCACGCGACUAUUUAACUAGAAAUUUAAACACCCACAAAAUAAUUGCAAAUUUGUACCCAAAUGGGACAAUCGAAGAAACUCAAAAAUCUCCAAUCAAUUUUCAAAGACAAAGCAAAAAUCAUCAAAGCAACGUUCUCAAUCACCAAUCGUACGACCUCCUCCAUCCAAAUUGCCGUCCUCCGUGCCACCACUCGCUCAGCCCAAUCGCCACCGCACGACCACCAUGUCUCCACCCUCCUCUCCCUCGGCAACACCACACGCCACUCUGCUUCUGCAUGUAUAUCUGCCAUCCUACACCGCCUCCACCACCACCAUCAACCAAACGUGUAUGUAACACUCAAGGCUCUGUUGAUCCUACACUACAUGAUUACCCGAGGUUCAUUUUCUAUCAAGGAACAACCAUUGUUACAACCUAUGUCCAACACGGGCUUUGAAUCCCUUAACCUCUCAAGAUUUAUGGAUAAUACUGACAUGCAAUCGCGAGAGUUUGCAGUGUGGGCUCAAUGGUACGCCAGUUUUUUAGAAAACAAUCUGUCUACAUCCACUAUCCUAGGUUGUUUUCUUUCAUCAUCGAAGAUGGAAAUCGAGAAAAAGAAAGAAAAACUAAAAUUCUCUUUGUACAUGGAUUUAUUCAAAGAAAUUGAAGCAUUGGUUUUGAUAAUCGAAGAGAUUUGUAAAGCACCAAAUUCAUUGAAUUGUCAAACUAAUGACAUAGUUUAUGAGGUAAUGAGACUGGUAGGAGAAGAUUAUCGUAUGAUUCAAUAUCAUAUGAUGAUCCGACUCACCGAGUUGAGUGAGAGACUUCAUAAUCUUAGGACCAACGAGUUGACCGGGUUGACUCGGUGUUUGGAAAGAUUAGAGGGUUGUAAAGGGAGAUUGACCGAGUUGUUCAUGAACCGGAAACGGAAUGAAUCGUUUUGGGAAUUGGUAAGCGAGGUAAUUUCAGAACUCAUGAGGUUGAAGAAGUAUGCAGAAAUGAAAUCAGUGAGUCGGAAAAUGAUCGAGUAUGCUAGCGAGUCAACUGAGUUAAAAACGAGUCGAUAUUUCGGAUUAUUGCCAUAUGGAGAAAACAAUUAUUGGUUAACGUUGACCAGAUAAAUCUUACUUUUUCCUCCACUACCGCGUAAUUAGCCGUGUGCAGUUUUUUCUUUCUUUCUUUUUUUUUUUUGCUUUUUGAUAUUUAAAUUGUAAAUUUUGCGUAUUUUGAUUUUUUCACCCGGGAAAGUAAUACAGAUCCAUGUAAGGUUGAACA